GACUGCCAGAGUCGAAUGUCGCAGGCAGACUUCUCACAGAUGUCCAUAGCUGAGGGACAUUCGAGAGAGACCAACCCUGUGGUGUACUUUAGCAUUGCUGUAGAUGAUGAGCCAUUCGGACGGAUCACAAUGGAGCUUUUCUCUCAUAUUGUUCCAAAAACAUCUGAAAACUUCAGAGCUCUGUGCACUGGAGAAAAGGGCUUUGGUUUCCACAACUCGGUUUUCCACAGGAUUGUUCCCGACUUUAUGUGUCAUGGGGGUGAUAUCACCAACCAUGAUGGAAUGGGGGGAAAAUCCAUCUAUGGUGUGAAAUUUGAAGAUGAGAACUUUGAGGGGGAAAAAAGAAAAACCGCAUUUUUGACGCUGCGUCAGUUUGAUCCUCUCCGGCACCCGUCAGGCGUGUCUCUGCGGCUGCGCACCCGGAAGUUGAACAGUGGUAACAAAAGCAGCGGAUUCAGCAGACAGUUAUACACCCUCAGCAUCAUGUCGGAUAAAAGCGAGCUGAAAGCUGAGCUUGAGCGAAAGAAACAGCGUCUGGCUCAAAUCAGAGAGGACAAAAAGAGAAAAGAGGAGGAACGCAAGAAGAAAGAGGCUGAGCUGAAGAAGGAGGCCGUUCCAGUGCAGGAUGAUUCAGACCUGGAGAAGAAGCGCAGAGAGGCUGAUGCUCUGUUACAGAGUAUGGGCAUCACACCGGAUGUGCCUGCCGUUCCGGCACCCAUGUCUCCCACGGCCAAAUCUGUGGGCACUCCAAGUGAAGCAGGGAGCCAAGACUCAGGAGACGGGGCCACGGGACCACGGACUCUACACUGGGACUCUGACCCCUCUACCGUUCUGCUUCACUCUGAGAUGGGACGUGGUCCACUGAAGUUGGGUAUGACAAAGAUGAUUCACGUGGAUUUCCCCCCUAAAGAACUGGUGUCCUACACCAAAGAGACGCAGACGCCCACAACGACCGCACAAAAAGAAGAGGAAGAGGAGGAUGAAGAGGCUCCGCCCCCACUGCCAGCGGUCGAAGCGGAAAAAGAAAAACCCGUGGAGACACAGGAGGAAGAAGCUCCUCAUGAGCUGACAGAAGAGGAGAAGUUACAGAUUCUGUACUCGGAGGAGUUCGUGAACUUUUUCGAUCACAGCACGCGUAUCAUCGAGCGCGCUCUGUCCGAACAUGUGGAUGUUUUCUUUGACUACAGCGGUCGGGACAUGGAAGAGAAAGAGGGAGAAUUGCAGGCCGGCACGAAGCUGUCUCUAAACAGGCAGUUUAUCGAUGAACGCUGGUCCAAACAGCGAGUGGUCACCUGUCUGGACUGGUCUCCACAGUAUCCAGAAUUGCUGGUCGCCUCUUACAACAACAACGAGGACGCCCCACAUGAGCCUGACGGAGUGGCUUUGGUCUGGAACAUGAAAUACAAGAAGACCACACCGGAGUAUGUCUUCCACUGUCAGUCUGCGGUCAUGUCUGCAGCGUUUGCAAAGUUUCAUCCUAACCUGGUGGUGGGCGGCACUUACUCGGGACAGAUCGUCCUGUGGGACAACAGAAGUAACAGACGCACUCCGGUCCAGAGGACGCCUCUGUCUGCCGCCGCACACACGCACCCAGUGUACUGUGUUAAUGUGGUCGGCACGCAGAACGCUCAUAAUCUCAUCAGCAUCUCUACUGAUGGAAAGAUGUGCUCCUGGAGUCUGGACAUGCUGUCCCAGCCACAGGACAGUAUGGAGCUGGUGUUUAAGCAGUCGAAAUCUGUUGCGGUAACCUCGAUGUCCUUUCCUCUGGGUGAUGUUAAUAACUUUGUGGUGGGCAGUGAGGAUGGAUCGGUCUACACAGCCUGUCGCCACGGCAGUCGGGCAGGCAUCAGCGAGAUGUUUGAGGGGCAUCAUGGUCCAAUCACAGGGAUUCACUGUCACACGGCACCGGGGCCUGUAGAUUUCUCUCAUCUCUUCCUGACGGCCUCGUUUGAUUGGACGGUUAAACUCUGGAGUACUAAGAAUAACAAGCCGCUGUACUCGUUCGAGGAUAACUCGGAUUAUGUUUAUGAUGUCAUGUGGUCUCCGGUGCACCCCGCUCUCUUCGCAUGUGUGGACGGACUCGGCCGAGUCGACCUGUGGAACCUCAACAACGAUACAGAGGUGCCCACAGCUAGCAUGGCGGUGGAGGGAAGUCCUGCUCUGAACAGACUGCGGUGGUCUCAGUCAGGCAGAGAGAUCGCUGUUGGAGACUCAGAGGGACAGAUCCACAUUUACGACGUCGGCGAGCAAAUCGCCGUCCCGCGGAACGACGAGUGGACGCGCUUCGUGCGGACGCUGGCGGAGAUUAACGAAAACCGUGAUGAUGCCGAGGAGCUGGCCGCCCAACGCCUCGCCGCCUGAUCGUCAUGGAAACCGGCUGCCUACGUCAGAAACAGACAGUGACAGCUGUAAUCAGCUCUCUCUUUGGAAAUGAAAUGAGUCGUAGGAUGAUUUUCAUGCGCAAACCUUUGAUUCUGCUUUUUGUUUGGAAUAUGGAAUUCAUCUCCCCGAGACCCAGAAGCCUUAACUUUUGCAUGCAAAAAAGCCAAGAAAACAAUGAUUGUUGUUCGGAUAGCUAUACAAAAACACAGACAAACAUCUCACAAAACCUGUCCGGGGCGUAUUUAUCAUCGAAAACUGAGCUUUUCUCGGGACCAUUUUCACAUGAUGGUUAAGCACGUGUGUCCUAGUCAGGUCUACUGUUGAGCAUAGAAUUAGAAAAACACCAAAAAUCAUAAUGGUCCCAAAAUGGAAUUGCGGGGAUCUACCUCCGUAACCUCUGGAUUUCUGCUGUGUCACACUUGAGCAUCAUGCAUUGAGUUUGGUGUAGAUUUCUGUUGCUGUGGACCAAAUGCUGGAACGAUUUAUUUCUGACGCUCAUUUUCAAGUCUUGUUAUUGAUGUUUCUGUCUGUGCAAAGAAAGACACGAGUUUGAUUAUCAGUCUGUCUGAAGUGUUUCACGUGUCUCUCGUUGAGAGCAGCGUCUUCCUCUUCCAGUAUUACACAUCGGUUUUAAAACGGUAACUUUGGCAGGAACUUUUUGAAUGUCUUUAUCUACAAACUCGCUUUCUAAGCCAAGCCUUUGAUAAAUCUGUUCGGAUUUACUUCAGUCAGUCCUUACUUUCUCUUGCUGUAGUAUUUAAGCAGCAAAAUGAAAGGUCUCAACAUUAAUUCUAAUGUUCCUUGCAACGGUUUCCUACGAUGUUUGUCUUUAAAGGAUUGUGCAAAAAAAUCUGUUUCAAAAUGUAUGCAUUGUUGAUUCAUUUCAAUAAAUUACGAUAUCGUCAUG